AUGCACUUCUACAAGCGGGACGCCAACUUCUUCGGCGGCCAUGGCAUCGUCGGCGCGCAGGUGCCGCUUGGGUGCGGCAUCGCCUUCGCGCAGAGGUACAGGAAGGAGGGCACCGUCACGUUUGACCUCUACGGCGACGGCGCCGCCAACCAGGGACAGCUCUUCGAGGCGCUCAACAUGGCCGGGCUCUGGAAGCUGCCUGUCGUAUUGGUCUGCGAGAACAACCACUAUGGGAUGGGGAUGGCAGAGUGGAGGGCCUCCAAGAGCCCGGCUUACUACAAGCGCGGGGACUAUGUGCCUGGGUUAAAGGUCGAUGGAAUGGAUGUUCUUGCUGUGAAGCAAGCUUGCAAAUUUGCCAAAGAACAUGUCCUUGAAAAUGGGCCAAUUAUCCUUGAGAUGGACACCUAUAGAUACCAUGGGCACUCUAUGUCAGACCCAGGUAGCACCUACCGCACUAGGGAUGAGAUUGCUGGGAUAAGACAGGAGCGCGACCCAAUUGAAAGGGUUAGGAAGCUCAUAUUGGCCCAUGAUUUUGCAACGGCCCAAGAGCUAAAGGUAUUGUUUAGAUUGUUAAGAGUACAAAUUUCAUCGGAUUUUUUUUAUACGCAGGAGAGUCCAAUGCCUGAUCCAUCUGAGCUCUUCAAAAAUGUCUAUGUGAAUGACUGCGGUUUGGAGUCCUUUGGUGUAGACAGGAAGGUGGUGAGGACCGUUCUUCCGUAG